AUGUCCUCCAUCCUGCCGUUCACCCCUCCCAUCGUCAAACGGCUCCUGGGCUGGAAGAAAGGAGAGCAGAACGGGCAGGAGGAGAAAUGGUGCGAGAAGGCGGUGAAGAGCCUGGUGAAGAAGCUGAAGAAGACGGGGCAGCUGGACGAGCUGGAGAAGGCGAUCACCACGCAGAACAUCAACACCAAGUGCAUCACCAUCCCCAGGUCGCUGGAUGGCCGGCUGCAGGUGUCCCACCGCAAGGGCCUCCCCCAUGUGAUCUACUGCCGGCUGUGGCGGUGGCCGGACCUUCAUAGCCACCAUGAGCUGCGGGCCAUGGAGAUGUGCGAGUACGCCUUCAACAUGAAGAAGGACGAAGUCUGCGUGAAUCCCUAUCAUUACCAACGAGUGGAGACCCCAGUGUUACCCCCAGUUCUGGUGCCUCGGCACACGGAGAUCCCAGCUGAGUUCCCACCACUGGACGAUUACAGUCACUCUAUUCCAGAGAACACUAACUUCCCAGCAGGCAUUGAGCCGCAGAGCAACUACAUCCCAGAGACACCUCCUCCAGGCUAUUUGAGUGAGGAUGGAGAAACCAGUGACCACCAGAUGAACCCCAGCAUGGAUGCAGGUUCUCCAAACUUAUCACCAAAUCCUAUGUCUCCGGCACACAAUAAUCUGGAUCUGCAGCCCGUUACCUACUGUGAGCCGGCGUUCUGGUGCUCCAUAUCCUACUAUGAACUCAACCAGCGCGUGGGGGAGACGUUCCACGCCUCGCAGCCCUCCAUGACUGUGGAUGGUUUCACUGACCCGUCGAAUUCUGAACGCUUCUGCCUUGGUCUGCUCUCUAAUGUGAACAGAAACGCAGCAGUGGAGCUCACCAGGCGGCACAUCGGAAGAGGAGUGAGGCUGUACUACAUCGGCGGGGAGGUGUUUGCUGAGUGCCUUAGUGACAGCGCCAUUUUCGUCCAGUCUCCCAACUGCAACCAGCGCUAUGGCUGGCACCCAGCAACGGUCUGCAAGAUCCCACCGGGAUGUAACUUGAAGAUUUUUAACAACCAGGAAUUCGCGGCUCUCUUGGCUCAGUCUGUGAACCAGGGCUUCGAAGCUGUGUACCAGCUGACCAGGAUGUGCACCAUUCGGAUGAGCUUCGUCAAGGGCUGGGGAGCUGAAUACAGGCGGCAGACGGUGACCAGCACUCCCUGCUGGAUUGAGCUGCACCUCAACGGCCCCCUGCAGUGGCUGGACAAGGUCCUCACACAGAUGGGCUCCCCCAGCAUCCGCUGCUCCAGCGUCUCCUAAGGAAGCACCUCCUGGGGGCGGGUGGGGAGCAAAGACUGCAGGAUGGAAUUGGCUGAACCCUUAGCAAAACACACAGAGAUUCCCAGUUACUGAAGUGAUGAGGAGAAACAGAUCUGCGAAAAUAGUGGCUUUUCUUAGUUUUGUUUCUUUUUUUUUUUAAAACUAAAGACCCAUUGAAGCCACUUCCACUGAAACUGUCAGCACUUUGGUUACAGGCUGUGGGCCCUCGCAGUCAGAAUGAAGCUGAAGUUUAUCAUGAUAAAAGACGACUUUGUUUCAGUGGAGGGAAGGCAGCGCUGUGAGUGCUGUCAGUGCUGUCAGUGCUGUCAGUGCUGUACCUGCGGCCAUGGCACGUCCCAUCCGCCCCGUGCAGCCCCAGCAUCUCCGACUGACACUGUGGGUCUGUGGGAUGACUCCUGCUCAUGCAUUGCUGUCUCCAUCCACCUGAAGACCUGAUCUUCCUGGGACUGCAGCAGCAGGUGGAAAAGAAAGCAUGUAAAGCAUGUAAAGCACACGCAAGGACUGACUGCCCAGUAUUGCUCCCAAAGGGAACAGAUUUGCACGCUGUGCAGCUCGCCCAGAGGCAGCACUUUGCUUUGUGCCCGAGCUGCCGCUGUGCCCUGCGUGUCCCAGUCUGGAUGUACAUGAAGCAGAAGGCCAAAGUCACGGCUCCUUCUGACAGUGCUGCAGCUUUUGACUAGAGCCGCUCACGAACAGACAUUGGGAAUGUGAGGAGCUCUUGCUGGAUAAGUUAAGCCUUCAUUAUUGUGCAUUAACUAAAGAAAGUUUGUAUUCUAUUUUCUCAUUGUGUUGAUUGGUAUCUGCCACUUCUUAAGUCAUAGGGGCUUAAUGAACUCGGUGCCCAGGUCUGCUCUGGAAUGGCUCCUGCUGCCAUUUGCUGAACACCCAGUUCUGCAGGAUCCCCCCAGCUCACACCUGACUGUGCCAGAACCAGCACGUCUCAGAUGCACCAGCACCACUUGGUUAGAAACGUGUUUCAUCUGAUGGAAAUGCUCUGAGAUGUGUUUUCACCUGGAGAAAGGGAGAGAGUGUGUGAACGUGUUGUAAAACGUUCCCUUUCAAUGUACGUGCUCCAGACUGUCCGAUAUUCUUUUCCCUGCAGCAAAUGUCGUGGCAAACAACUUCCACAACUGGAAAAAAAAACCCCUUAGCACUUGUUUUUAUGGCUCCGGUUUAUCAAAUAGAUCUCCGAACUUUGUCAGCACUAUCUGGUGAUUUGCUUCUUUACGUCUGUGUUGAGCACCAUACGCUUUUGUGCCAAAAUAUCAGAAGGGGAGGGGAGAAAACGAGAAUCAGAAUUUCUUAUGGAAUUGUAUUUUUUCCCCAUCUGUGGCUCUGGGAUGGACAGGCUGCGAUGGACACCGAGUGCUUUGUGUGAAGGCUUCAGCCCUGCAGAGCUUUGUGCUCCCGGACACAAACACGAGCAGCCCCAGGCUCUGUGCCCUGUAACACCUUAUAAACACUGCCCAUGAUCAGCCACGUGCCCACCUGGCUGCAGGGAGGCUCUUUGGAUGCACACGUUCACUCUGUCCCUCAGCCCCAGCGCUUGGCUUGGACCCGAGGCAUCAGCAGCACCUGAGGAUGCAGAGCAGAGAUCUGCUGAACCGGACACACAAAGGGAUGCUCUGGAGGAGUUUGUUUCUGAUCUCUGGGGCUGAGCUGUGGUGGUGCAGCUGUUGGACUCCGGGGCAGCUUUCCCUGCCCAGCACGGCUCGUAUCGCAGCACUGGAGGUUUUCUAGGACUUUUUUUUUUACUUUUCACUUUUGCUGUGUGUCUGAUUGUAGUCAAAUCUCUGAUUGCACGGACUUGUGCAAUAGGAGCAUCUGUGUAAGGGAGUGUCUGAGCUGCUUUGGUAGGGAUGUCUGUCAUCGUGGGCUGACGAAGCACGUGCUUUCAGGUACAGCUUUCUAACAGUAAUUUAUUUGGACUUCUGUGGAAAUAUCUGAUUUCUGCUUUAGUCAGAUAGGAAAAAUUGUAAAAUCAUCCCAGGUUUCCUGUUGGAGUGUCUAUAAGUCACGUUUGCUUUUUACCCAUUUUCUUUAUCUUCAUAACCAUGAGAAAGCUGGGCUCUGCUGUGUCUUGUGCACCAGCAACCGAAACAGCACCUUAAACUCAAGUGUCAGGCAGCUCAUUCCCUUCUGUGUGCAGGACCCAGCCUGGCCCGGGGCACAAGGAGUAAACCCUGCCUUCAUCCAGAGUCUGCAUGGAAUCGCCUCCGCCAAACCACGAGUUGGCCCUGGGUUCCCUCUGUGUUUAAUUUGAUGAAGGACAGUGAGUUGCUGAUUGCAGUUGAUAGAUGCCUCUUUAGAAACAGGAUUUGGAUGAUGCAUAAAAACUGUUAAUUCCACCUCAUCAUCCCUUGUGUAUGACUUCCAGUGGAAAGCACAGAGCUGCUCUAGUGAUGCGAUUAGAUAAAAUGGAGAGAUUUUCUUCUCUAAAGGAGUAACGUCCUCUCCUCCCCUUUGUUCGCCUCCUCACUAACACAUGAAAGCCUUACAGUUUCCAGCGUUAGCUUAUUAAGCCAAACGGAAGCCCUGUGCCACGCAGCAGGUGAGGAAGGGCUGUGAUCCUCCUGUCUCACACAGCAGCAGUGAGUUGGACGAGUGAAAGAGAACUCUGAGAUGAGCUCUGGGUCCCAGCACAGAAGGGAAGAGGCGACGCGGGGCUGCACGGCGGCGUUGGUGCCCCCAGGUACACGUGGCUUAGUGCUGCUUUUCCUUUCUGUUCUAAAACUCGAUGAAAGUAGCUUUGAUAUGUAGCAGGGGUGUACGCCGUCAGCCUGCCCUCGUGAGAUGAUGCUCCUCGCUGAUGGUGGCCUUGGCUUGUUUCACCAGCGUUUCAUGCAUUCUCCUUAAUAGCAGAGUCACUAGCAGGAACUUGGACUCUCUUUGAUUCGUACACAGGGGCCUGGCUGCUGGCAGAUGACACUGAUGGCCCCGUGGUUUUUAUGUGACUGUGGAGGUUCUCUUUUUUAAUUAUUAUUAUUAAUGUAUUGAACUGAGUUGCAGUGUGUAGUUUGUGUUAAGCUUGUCUUAGAAGUCAUCCAGUGCUAUCCAUGUGGUGCGGAAGCCAGAAUCAGCACAAAGACAGAGGAAUCUGAUUCAUCCCAUUUCCUGAAAGCCCCAGUACAGAAAGGCUGGACGUGGCCUUUCAGACAGUGGGAAACAACUCUGUGUCCCCUCCCCACAGGAUGGGCACAACUUGAACCAUGCAGGACUUUACACAUGAAGGAUAUUCAGGGCUCCAGCUUGAGGAGCAGGUGUGAGCAUCCACACCUUGUGUGCUUGCUAAGGAGAAAAAGCCCAGGGAGAGAGAAGAACACGGUGCAGCGAGGGGCUUCAGCCACAUCACAAAGCAUUGUGAGCCUUCCUGGUUCUCCAGGGCACCAGAUAGGAGGGGUGGGAUAUCACAGAUAAGCUGGGAAGCCAGGAGGAGAAAUAAUUAGUUGCUCUAUAGUAGCUGAUGGAGAGGUAUGGUUAAGAAAUUCAGUAUAUGUUUUUUAUUAUGUACAUGCUUGUAUUUAUGUUGUCUUUCUUGAAUAUCCAGAUGAAUCGAAUGCAUACCUUGUAGCAGAAAGGGCAAUUCAGGAUUCUGAGCGUUAAGUCUUUCCCGUGUCCCUCUGGUGAUGGCUGAUGAGGCAGUUACUGACGUGAGAACAAGAGCUGCAUCUCAGAGCUGAGCAGCAGGUGCUGGCAAAGAAAGCAAAACGAGGACGUCUCCAGCAGGAGUCUGUACCUGAGCUGUCAUCUUACUCCUUAGCAAUGAGUCAGGUUCCCAGGUGGCCCCUUUGAUUGUGCUCUUCAGUCUUUUCAGAUUUAUGAGGCUUCAAAAACAACAGACUGUUCUGUAAAUGCUUUGGUUCAUCCUCACGUUUCCUCCGGUACGUGGAUACGAGAGGAGCCUGCACCGCUGCUGCUGGGGUGCAUCCAGCCCUCUCCCCACGGAGGCAGCCAACCUCCCUCACUCUGAUGGAACUGUCCCCUCUGGUAGAUACGUAUGAGCAUUGUAUGCAGUAGUGUUUAGGUUUUCUUAACCUGAGGUUGUACGUUAACGAGCGGUGGUGUCACCUACAUGCUUUAGCUUGUUGAGCAUUAUGCGCCUCUGUUGUUACUACAGGCCUGUACUAUGUAUGCCCUCUUCUUUCAUAUGUGAAACUGUAAGUUCUAUUUUUGACAUUUUAAUAAACUUUGAUUUGAAAACCGAG